AGAAACUGUAUCAAAUGUAACUGCUACAGUAACUGUUAGUUUUGUUGUAAACAAAAAAGCAUGUUUUUUUUCAUGAUUUCAUGUAGUUAAAGCAUUCAUUUGUUCUUGGUAUUGCUUUAAAAAGAUGAAUUUCAAAGAUUUUGAUCCCAAAAGCUCAAAGUUUCAGGAAGUCAGCAGCAUAAAAGAAGCAGAAGCUUUAGUCGCUGCAUAUCCCAAUAGCUCCAAAGCUUGGUUGAUGUAUAUGACAUGCUGUCUGAAACAAGAGGAAACAAACAAAGCAAGAAGUAUAGCGAAGAGAGCUCUCCAAACUAUCAAUUUCAGGGAAGAUGGAGAAAAGUUAAAUGUUUGGAAAGCUCUCCUCAACCUUGAAAAUCAUUAUGGCACAGAUGAAUCCAUUGACAAAAUUUUUAAAGAAGCCUUGAUAUAUAAUGAUCAGAAAAAAAUAUAUUACCAUAUCAUGGACAUUCUUAUUGCUGCCAAAAAAUCCGAGAAACUGGAGGAAGUACUAAAAACAGCACUGAAAAAAUUCAAAACGGAUAAGGAGUUCUGGAUAAAGAUAUGUAGUUACUAUAUGCAAUCUGGCAACCAGAAAGAGGCUCGAAAUUACUAUUCUAGGAGUCUUCAAUGCACAAUACCUAAAGAACAUGCUGAUAUAAUGGGAAAAUUUGCACAUUUGGAAUACAAAUUUGGAGAUCUUGAGAGAAGUUUUAGCAUGUACGAAGAAAUUCUAGUUAAGUAUCCUAAAAGAAAAGAUCUUAGAUCAGUCUAUGUGCACCUUUUGAAACAACAAGGACAAAAUGAGAGAGCUAAUGUUUUAACAAAUUUUGUAUAA